AUGACAAUUAAGGAUAACAACAGUCUUCAGAAUUGGGGAGUUAUUGGGACAAAGGAGCUCCGAGGCGGGGGAGGGAAGAAUACAACAAAGAUCGUAAUCAUUACUUUAUCAUCAAUUGCCAUAGUUGCGGCCCUCUUGGGUUUUUGGUACUCAUAUUCAUCAUUUGACCAGAGGAAAAGAAAAGAAGAAAGGGAUAUGAGCCAAGCAAGUAUGUUAGGAAACUGGGAAGGUUCACAUACAAUAGGAAGUAUCCAGGCCAGAGAUCAAGACAACAGUGAAGAAAUGCAUUACUUCAAUUUAAGUACCAUGCAGGCUGCUACAAAUAAUUUUUCUGAUGCAAAUAAGCUUGGAGAAGGUGGUUUUGGACCAGUUUACAAGGGAAUGCUGAUUAAUGGAAAGGAAAUAGCAGUUAAAAGGCUUUCAAUGAAAUCAAAACAAGGUCUUGAGGAGUUCAAGAAUGAAGUGUUGUUAAUUGUCAAACUUCAACACAAGCAUCUAGUGAGGCUCUUGGGAUGCUGCGUGGAAGGAGGUGAAAAGCUUCUAGUCUAUGAGUACAUGGCCAACACCAGUCUUGAUACCUUCCUGUUUGAUCCAAAAAAAAGUGGAAUACUAGAUUGGGCUAAGCGCACAAACAUUCUCAAUGGGAUCGCUAGGGGCCUUCUAUAUCUACAUGAAGACUCUCGACUCAAAAUCAUCCAUAGAGAUAUGAAAGUAAGCAAUGUAUUGUUAGAUGAUGACAUGAAUCCAAAGAUAUCAGAUUUUGGCACUGCUAGGAUUUUCGACGGCAAUCAAAUAGAAGCCAACACUAACAGAGUCGUGGGUACAUAUGGAUACAUGGCGCCAGAGUAUGCAAUGGAAGGGAUAUUUUCAGUAAAGUCCGAUGUUUACAGUUUUGGAGUUUUAAUGCUAGAAAUCAUAAGUGGGACAAAGAAUGUGGGCUUCUAUCAUCCAGAGCAUGCAGAAAGCCUUCUCCCACAUGUAAAUCACUUUUUAUUUUCAUCUGCAUGGCGACUAUGGAAUGAAGACAAAGGACUGGAGUUGAUAGAUCAGACCUUAGUCGACACUUGUCCUCGAAGUCAGGCUCUGAGAUUGAUCCAUAUCGCAUUAUUAUGUGUUCAGGAAGAUCCCAAUGAAAGACCUACAAUGUCAAUGGUCGUCCUCAUGCUUGGAAGCAGCUCGAUAAAUCUUCAUCGUCCAUUACCACCUCCAUUUUCUUUAGGUAGAUCUAUCUUAUCUGAUCAAACUUCAACAACUGCGGGCAGGGUAGGAUUUUUCGCAUCUGAUCAAUAUUCAACAGGUGCUUCUAUCCAGUCAAGAGAUUAA